AUGUCUACUGCCACACCGACAGUGCUCCCUCGCAGUCCGCUCUUCCCUCACCUCUUGCCCAAGCCGCCCCAGCCUCAUACCACACCACUACCAAGGCAUGACCAAAGGGUCGGGCGCUUCAACAGUCGGCGCGACCUGCAGCGCGAGAUGGACGACUUGAGUGAUGAGGAGGAAGAGUUUGACGACAUUGCUUCGGAACUCCGAAGUAGAGGAUACAACUUCCUUAUUCCCAUCGGUCGCCUAUUUACUCAGCAUGAAGAGAAGAACGAUGCGAGCGUUGCGUAUUUAGUUCUCGACAACGAGGGAUCAGAUGACUCCGACGAAUCCGAGUCGUCAGAGGAGAGCCCAUCGGCUAUGGAGGAUGAGGAGAACGAAUCCGCCGAAGAGGACCUCGAUGCCGACAUGGAUGACAUGGACGCAGCAAAUGCCACCGGAGAGACAGUAGAUGUCAGCACGGACGAGUACGGACAAGGCAGCUCUGAAGCAGGCGACGAGGAUGAGGAGGAGGAAGAACCCAGCUCUGAUCUCUAA